AUGUGGCUGUGGGCRCUGCUGGCCCUGGGGCUGCCGAGCCCCGCACGCUGCCCCCGCACGGAGCCGCUGGGCGGGAGCAGCGAGGAGCCCCUGUUCCGCGGCGCCGACCGCUACGACUUCGCCGUCGUGGUGCCCGCCGGCAGCAGCGAGUGCUUCUGGCAGUUCGCGCACCAGAGCGGCAGCUUCUUCUUCAGCUACGAGGUGCAGCGCGCGUCCGGCAUGGCGAGCAGCAGGCAGGUCCUGGCCACCGUGAGCGGCCCCAGCGGCGCCCGCCUCGGCUCUUCCCAGCACGUGCGAGGACAGAUCAACUUCCCAACACAGGAGACAGGUUUUUACCAGCUCUGCCUGGACAACCAGCACAACCACUUCGGCUUCAUGCAGGUUUAUCUCAGCUUCGGCGUGUACUACCAGGGCUUCGGCACGGAGGAGCACGAGGAGAAGAGGCAGCUCAAUGACACCCUGGAUGCCAUUGAGGUCAGCAUGCGCAAGCUGGACAUCCGCAUCUUCCACAUGUGGCGCUUCUACAACUUCGCCCGCAUGCGGAAAGCGGCCGACUCCUUCCUGCUCGAGUCCAACCACCACUACGUGAACUGCUGGUCGCUGGCGCAGAGCUGCCUCAUCCUGCUCUCCGGGGCGCUGCAGCUCUGCUUCCUCAAGCGGCUCUUCGCGGUGCCGCCCGYGAGCCGGCCCCGCUGCUAG